CCCUACAGAUAAUUAGAUUUACACAACAGCUUUCUGUACCGACUGUCUAUCUCUUCUCUCUCUCUCUCUCUCUCUCUCUCUCAUCCGUCUCCAUUUUCCCUCCAGAAAGAAAACGCUACUAAAAUCGAACCCUCAACUCCUUCAGAUUCUAGCUAAGAGAAACGAUUCUAACCUAAAUUCUCUCUCUCUCUCUCUCCGAAGACAACCGAAGAUCAGCAAUGAAGACAAUCAAAUUCCUGCUUAAUCUCUGCAUUGCCGCUGGGCUAUUCCAAGUCAUUCUCUCAGGUUUCUCUUCAGCUCUCAAGGAGGGACAGACAUGCGCGUUAGACCGUAACUGCGACUCGGGGCUACAUUGCGAAACGUGCCCUGCUAAUGGACACAUACGCCCGCGUUGCACUCGCAUCCGGCCUUCGAUUCCAACCUCAAUGGUGAAAGGACUACCGUUUAAUAGGUAUUCGUGGCUAACGACGCACAAUUCAUUUGCUCGUUUCGGGGAGAAGUCGGAUACGGGGUCUGUGAUUCUUGCUCCGACGAACCAGCAGGACUGCAUUACCGAUCAGCUCAAUAAUGGUGUUAGAGGGUUGAUGCUAGAUAUGUAUGACUUCAACAACGACAUAUGGUUAUGCCACUCCUUUGGCGGCACCUGCUACAACUACACAGCUUUUCAACCUGUGAGUAAAGUUUUGAAAGAGAUUCAAGUGUUUCUGGAGGCAAACCCGUCUGAAAUCAUCACCAUAAUGAUUGAAGACUACGUUUCAUCUCCAAAAGGCCUGACAAAGGUGUUUGAUGCUGCUGGCCUAAGGAAAUAUUGGUUUCCUGUUUCUCGGAUGCCAAAGAAUGGCGAAAAUUGGCCAACAGUUGAUGACAUGGUUCAGCAAAAUCAGCGUUUAGUAGUUUUCACUUCGAAAUCUGCCAAGGAGGCUUCUGAAGGGAUUGCAUAUGAAUGGAGAUACCUGGUAGAGAACCAAUAUGGGAAUGGUGGACUGACAGCUGGUUCUUGUCCAAACCGUGCGGAGUCAUCUCCCAUGAGCACAAAAACAAGGUCUCUAGUCCUAAUGAACUAUUUUCCCGACAAUCCAGAUUUUACCCAAGCUUGCAUGCAUAAUUCAGCUCCUUUAAUAAGCAUGAUGAACACUUGUUACGAGGCAUCUGGUAAACGGUGGCCCAAUUUUAUUGCUGUUGAUUUCUACAAGAGAAGCGAUGGAGGAGGAGCACCUCAAGCUGUUGAUAUCGCCAAUGGGCAUCUAGUUUGUGGCUGUGAUAGUGUUGCCAACUGCAAGGAAAAUGUUACGUUUGGAACGUGUAGCCUACCUGAGGCUGCUGUAGCCCCCUUCAGCCCCACUAGUUCAGAUAGCAGACAAGUUGGUUUGCAGCGGUUCUUUGGGAUGGUUUUGAUGGCUCUCACAACAUGGAACUUAUAAUCCACGUUCAACUGAGUGCCUGUGGUGGUUAUCUGGGACAGUAUCUUCUUGCCGGUUUCCUCAGUUUUCUUCGCAACAAAACUGCAAUGAAAAGACCAAAGAAAAGAGGUGCAAGUUAACCAAUAUAAUGAUUUCAGGCUUUCAACAUAAGUUGUCCAAUCUGCCAGCUUUGCUCUGUGCUCUUAACUGGAAAGAUUUUAUACUCUAGGGCAUUAAAAUGCCUUCUUGAUUCUUACCCGAGAUAAAACUGGGCUUCGUUUCUGGGUUUGAGUCUUACGGCUGUGAAUCUUAGCUUCCCAACUCCUGUUCAACUGAUUACAUUUAGGCAAGUAUUUUGGGCAGGAGAUUAUGAAUUUUAAUGUUGUUCUUCCCACUUAAUAUGAUUUGGUCACCCACCCGCUAGUGGACGGUGGAAUUAA